AUGUCAAGUCUUGAUUUCGAGGAAGCAGGGCAUAAGCUGCUCAAGAUAAGACUAGAACAAGGUCAAGGAAUGGAGCUUUGUGUUAUGGUGCUUGAAUGUUGCACUGAGGAGAAAACUUAUCGUUCCUUCUAUGUUGAAGACUCAACUUCUUCAUCCCUUAUCUUUCUCAAAACCCUUUUCCUACAACUCUCUGAGCUAUUAAGAAUUAAGCUUUUGAAUGAAAAGCUUCAAGAUCCAACCAUGGAGGAGACAUUCGAGUCCAUCUUCCCAAAGGACCAUCGAAAAAACACGUUGUUCUCCAUUAUAUUUUUCACCAAAAUCGGCCUCGGUGGAAUUACUCAAACACUAAGGCAGCUCAUCGCCAAGCGCAAGGAAACUGAUUCAGAGGACGAAUUAAGAGAUGAGAUGGUGAUGAAGCGUAGAAGAAAAAGAGGUUGA